UUAAUUUCCGGUGAAUUAGCUUUGCCAAAUAUCUUUAAAGAUAAUAAAGUGUUGAUUUCAGAAAGAGGAACUUUUCCUUUGCUGCUUGUAGGAUCAGCAGAGUACUUUUUAUUUCAGCUUUUAAACUAAGAUUUGGGGGUGUAUAAUACACUGCUACAGAAAUUCCUUUAUUAUGUAUUGGAAAAUUUAGUUAUUAAUCUUUGUUUUGGAUUGCUACAUUUCGCUGACUCCUAGCACAUGGACUAACACGAUGGACCUGGUACAUGAACUACUUGAAUGAACUACCAAUGGACUACCCUAAAUGUAAACCCCUGAAAUAUUUAGCACAAAAGUUCUGCAGUUUAGUUUAAGAAUCAUUUUGUCUGCUUAUGUUCCCAUCUUCUAGGAACAAUUUUCAAAAGUGAUCGCUUCUGCAUGCAUUGCGUGCCGUUUAUUAAAAUUCUGGUUAACUAGCUCUACUACUUUGGUAUUUGAGAAAUGUUUCAUCUAACCGUAACCCUAACCCUAAACCCUCACUGAGCUCAACCAUGACAGUUGUGUGCCAAAUGUUUUUAGGUGACCAGGUUUCUUUUCACCAGGUGGUGUCCUGUACAAGCUAGGCAGUCUUAGGAAUAUUCCAACCUGAUCCAUUCUUAGUACGUGGCCCAGCCAUCGGAUCCGUCUGCAACAUGCACGUGCGUUCAAUAGAGAACUCUUUAAAGCUGUCUUGCUAUAUCGCCAACAAUAUUAUCUUGCAUAAAGUGUUGUAUCUUUCGCGUUGUUUUUUCGAUUAGGGUCUGAUUGAGUCCACUUGUGGUAUAGUGUACAGGUACCUUCCUGGGGACUCCUGCUUUCUUGUAAUUAUGAUUUAAAUGACUAACUGGCGUUCCCACACUUGUUCGUGGAGCGUGUGGUUCUAAUGCUGACAAUCUGGCAAAAGGCCAAUGCAUGUGUAAUUGUGGGAAGCUUUAUAAAAGGCAUUUAAUGCCACCCGCGCACUUAUCGUGUUGCUAGACUGUGGACCGAAACUCAUACUCGCUUGAGCAGGUAAGGGAGUACUCAGUUGUCAGAUAUAUUAAUUUAGUUAAGCUGCAUUGUGAUCUCUUAUACCAACAGAAGCUUUUAAUGACGAAUACAAGGAAGAGUAUAUCUCUGCUUUAACUGAAUUUUUUCUCACGAGGACUUUAAUAAGUGAGACUAGAUCAAACUGAAAUCCAGUUAAGACUGAGUGAGGGUUGUCCAAUACUCACCUCUUGUUUCAAGUUGUCAACUGGUUCAAGAUCUUCAAGUAGUACCAUUCGCGCGAGUCGUAAGGAUUUAUGAUUAAGAUUACUCGGAUCAUGGUGCAUCAAAGGAACCGAUAAAUUCACUCUCAUCCUAAUCCGGAUUUUCUCAAAAGAAUCACCCUAUAUAUAUUAUUUAUGCAAAUUUUAAAGGAGCCUCCAUCUAUUCAUUUACAACGUCAUCCGUAACCGGCCAACAACGCGAAUAUUUGUUCUCCUCUUUGUUUUAGCCUUAAAAAAUAAAACAUUUUGAGAGAAAUCGGAGUUGGAACUUCUUUGAUAUCAAGGGUAAAUUUUCCAUUUCGAAUUUUUUGUUUUAUAUUUUGUUUUAUAUUAAAAAUAUAAAAAAAUGCAACAGUUUAGUGGAAACGUGCUUCAAGAGUGAGAAGGUGAUUCUAAUGAAAUAGGAAAUUAUAUUGAACUGUCACGUCCUGAUGACGUAAAAUCAAAUAAAUAUUCGGGUUAAAUGAAGAAAGCUUUUAAUAAUGAUUUGAAUUCUGUGAGUAAUUAUCGGUGCGAUAUUUUGCGCUAGAAGAAAGUAGCCUUCUUUGUGUGUCAGCGAGCCAUUCCAGGAUAUUUUGACUUGGAAACGUCAUGCAAAAGGGGUAUAAAACGUCAACUUGAAGGGAGAAAUUUUUCUGAACCCAAUAGUUAUUGGAUAGAACCCUUGGUAAAGCCGACUUAACCCAACACAACAUGAAAUUCGUCAGCAAUAAACUGAUGUCCAAAUUUCUUGGAUGUAUGGUUUUAUGGCAAAUUCAGGUUUUUAACGAAGUCGUAGGUAAUCCUGGCAUUCAGCAACUUAAAAUGGAUGGAGAUAUUAUUCUGGGCGGUCUAUUUCCAGUUCACAGGAAAAGUAAAUAUACCGAGAAUGCAUGUGGUGAAAUAGACCCACAGCCGGGAUUUCAAUAUUUGGCCGCCAUGUUGUUUGCUCUUCAAAAAAUCAAUAACAGCACCAGCUUACUUCAGAACAUCACUCUCGGAGCGGAGAUCUACGACACCUGCCAAAGCCAGACGAUAGGAGCCGACCGCGCUAAAGACAUAAUUAAAUACACGCUGCUGGAUAACGAGAAAUCGCUUGUCGGAGUCGUUGGUCCUUUUACGAGCGAUGUGUCCAUUGCAGUGGCGACACUUUUGCGAGUUUUCCAAAUUCCUCAAAUAAGCUACGGCUCGUCAAGUGCCGAUCUGUCUAACAAGGAGCUUUAUGAGAACUUUUUCAGAACUGUGCCACCGGAUUCAUUUCAAGCUCAGGCUCUUGUAGAUGUCAUUCGGCAUUAUGGCUGGACAUAUGUUUUCACGAUAAACUCAUUUGGCAAUUAUGGCAAAAAAGGCAUAAAGUUAUUUCACAGCAUGGCUCGAGACGCUGGUAUAUGCAUCGCAAAAUCGGCUAGUCUUCCUAGUCUGCCUAGUCUGCCAACCUACAACAACUACAGGUCUGCUCUCAAAACAGUAACGGGUCAUAGUUUAGGCGGCAACGCCCAUGUUAUUGUGCUAUUUACAAGCCAGACUGACUCGGCUGGUUUGCUCCGCGCAGCUAAGGGAUCUAAUGUGAAGGUUCUUACAUGGCUUGGAAGCAGUGGCUGGAGCAAUCGCGUUGACGUCACUGAAGGUAGAGAAGAAAUCGCUAACGGCUCUCUGACCGUGGGUCACCAUGAAGGAAUCGUACAUGGCUUCUUGGAUUUUUUAAUAAAUCUUGAUAGAACUCUGGAAGGUACUACCUUAAGAAAUUCCAGAAAUUCCUGGUUUGACGAGGUUUUGCAGUCUGUGUUAAAGUGUACAACACCAAGAUCAGCACGUUUUUCAAAUCAAGGUUGCAAGAACAAGACAUCGCUACCACGUGACAUAGAACUUGCGCCUGUUCGCGUUGUUGUCAACGCGGUUUAUGCCAUGGCGCACGCCCUUAACGACAUGCAAAGGGAUCUUUGCCCGGCAGCGCAGACUGGAAUUUGCGAGGAAAUGAAAAAGGGACUCAAGGCAGCAAGUCUCAUAGAUUACUUGAAGAAUGUCACCUUUCCUGAUGCAGCUUUUAACUCUAGUCUAACGUUCAACGAAAACCAAGAAAUAGAUGGUUCUUAUAGCAUCAUGAACUUUCAACAAGGAACAAAUGGUGAAUGGACAUAUGUUAAUAUCGGUUCCUGGAGGUCUCUUCAAAAUUCAAGCGAAGGACAAUGGGGUGAAUUAAUUAUUAACGACUCUUUGGUUUCGUGGGGAAACGCGAAAAUACGUCCGCCGCAGUCAUACUGCAGUGUACCAUGUGGCUUAAGACAAAUAAGAAAACCGCGCAUAGUUAAUCCACAAUGCUGUUGGGUUUGUGACCGCUGUAAGUCUACGGAAGUGAUUGUGAACAACACUUGCCAGACGUGUGCUGUUGGUUACAUUCCCAACGCAAGGUUUCAGAAAUGUUUAAAGCUUGAUCUUACUUAUCCCAAAUGGAAUGAGCCAAUAUCAUAUUCAUUGGCGGCAGUUGCUACAGUCGGGAUGGCCGUUGCCAUAGGAACAUUUGUUUUCUACGUCAUUAAUCGCAAUCACAGUGUCAUCAAAGCAGCUGGUAGAGAGCUUUCUCUUAUCAUAUUCAUUGGGAUCCUCCUCUGUUUUGUGGCGUCUUUCAUCUGUUUGGCUAAGCCAACUGAUUUAGUAUGCACUUUCCGUCGUUACAUGGGAGCUUUAUGCUUUACAAUGUGUUACGCUCCGUUACUGAUGAAAACAAAUCGUAUCUAUCGUAUCUUUACCCACGCUAAACACUCGGCCGCAAGACCACCUCUAAUAAAACCCAUGUCUCAGGUCCUUAUUUCCACGGGGCUUAUUGCAGUGCAGCUUCUUAUAACCACCGUGUGGACACUCUCAGACACACCCAAGGCCAUCGCAGAGUACCCGUCCCCAGAAACAGCUUCUCUGGUUUGUACCGUUAGUGCACAUAGCUUUGCUGUUAACAUGUGCUACAAUCUACUGCUCAUGUUCCUCUGUACUGUUUUUGCCUUCAAAACGCGCAGUUUUCCCAGGAAUUUUAACGAAGCAAAACAUAUUGGUAUCACCAUGUACAUAACCUGUUCUUUGUGGAUCAUAUUUUUACCAACUUACUUUAACAGUAAAACCUCCAGUUGGAAUGAGUAUAUGUAUUGUUCUAUUUUUAUCCUCGUCGGCAUUGUUAGUCUUGUAGGCUUGUUGCUCCCUAAGGUCGCCAUUAUUGUUUUAACUAACAUUUCUAGAGAAACAGUCCACUGUUAUGAUGAACCCUCACACGGAGAAACACGAGACGAACCAAUCCUGGAUUCUCCAAGAGUAUCGAAUCGAGCUCCGCUAAGCCUAGAUUUUUCUCUUUGCCAAUCUGCUGCACAAACACAGUCUGUGUGAAGUCAAUAAUAUGUUUCACGCGAAUGAUUUAUUUAAGCCCUGGCAGUUGUAUCACUGGGCUCACUACGUAUCUCAGUUUUCUAAGCAGGCGCCGAGUGUAGAUUAGCGCAGGACAACAAACAAUGGCUCUCACUCAAAUCGUAGGAUACGCAUAUGAAUCCUUGAAAAAAAAAAAUUUUACCUACUGCAGAUAUAUAAGACUUGCUUGAACACGAACGCAGAUAAUGUAUAGUUUUUAAAAUUUGUCAGGAGUGGAGGGAUAGUUGAUGUUGAAUUUUCUGAAUAUUAAAUGUUGCGUAAAAAAUUACAAAUGCCACGGGAACAAAAAAAAUGCCAAAUGCUUCAUCCUCAUCCAGAAAACAACAUCGCUCAAGAUUCAGUACAUCAUAAUUAAAAUGGUCAUUCGCAUUAGUUAACACGCCAUAUUGUGUAAAAAGUUUCCCAGACACCACUUGGUGAUAGCUGGUUUUGGUUUAGUAUUUUGAACAAUACCACUGCUCAGUCAUUUGCUAUUCUAUUUUAAUAUGCUCAUUUUAUCUGCGUACAUUUAAUAUUAAAGCUUGUCAAGUUUACUAAGAAUUAAUUACUUUCAAUCAAGUUGUUGAAGAAUCUCAAAUGUAAAUUUAAAAAAAGUGGAAACAAUUUUUAUGAAACUGAUCAUGUCGAGUCAUGGCUUUACAAUCCAUAUAUUAGCGGACUAGUGACCCAUAUCGAGCAACAUAGCAGAGCAACAAUGUGCUUGGGCUCUCUUGCAAGUUAAGUGCAAGACCAGAACCACAAGGGUGCCGAGUGCCACGGGGGUUUCUCCAUGGGAAGAGCAAAUGCUCGGCCCCUGGGUAGGCCCCUGGGUAGUAACAAAAUUUCAAAUGUCCCAACUCUAGGUUACCCAGGGGGAAGGGCACUCCUGGAAAAAAAGCGAGGACUGGUGAGUAAAGGACUGCGCAAU